AUGUACCUCUCUCUUCUUGAUCGCCGACGCGACGCCGUCACCACUUGUGUACAGCUAUUGAAACAUAGCAGGGACAUGGCGCUGGAUCCGCGCUUCUUUCACCACCUUGGCCACCCAGGCCCCGGCUCCAUCUCGUCAGCCGCUUCAUCCGACCUAUCAGCCGCCACGGGCAUCACCUCCCCCAGUAUAAUCUCCACCUCCGCCUCCGCCGCCACCCUCCGAUCCACAGCUUCGAGUCCCUCUUUCCGCGCGCGCGAAGGUUUCGCGAGAGAUGGAAUGGCCAGUCCCUCGCCAGGCGGGAAUGUGCGCGUCGUCGUGCGCGUGCGCAAGUUCUUGCCUCGAGAAAUCGAGCGCAAGGCCCAAUGUUUGAUCUCAAUGGACCCCCAUACCCAAAUGACUUCCCUGCAAGCGCCAAAGCCCAAACCCGGGGAUGUGGGAAAGCCCAAGUCGCAGGCGCGUGGGAAGGUCUUGGAGGACAAGUCUUUCACUUUUGAUAAUUCGUUUUGGUCUCACGAUGAGGAGGACGAACAUUACGCACACCAGGAGGAUGUUUAUAACUCCCUCGGCGAGGAAUUUCUGGAUCACAACUUUGAAGGGUAUCACACGUGCAUCUUUGCGUAUGGACAGACGGGAUCGGGAAAGAGUUACACUAUGAUGGGAACGCCAGAGAGACCCGGGUUGAUUCCUCGGACUUGUGAGGACCUGUUCCAGCGCAUCGAAAGCUCGCCUUCUCCCGAUAUCAGCUACAACGUCCGAGUGUCUUACUUCGAGGUAUACAACGAGCAUGUACGAGACUUGUUGGUUCCACGCACGGACUCCCCGCAUUACCUCCGCAUUCGGGAGUCCCCGUCCGAAGGUCCAUAUGUCAAGGACCUCACGGAGGUUACGGCUAGGAACUUUGCUGAGCUGAUGAAAUUCAUGCGGAAGGGUGACGUCUCGCGUACCACCGCUAGCACCAAGAUGAACGACACCUCCUCCCGAUCCCACGCCGUCUUUACGAUCACCCUAAAACAAAUACACCACGAUCUUUCAACAGACGAGACUACUGAACGCACUGCUCGCAUUCGUUUGGUUGAUUUGGCAGGUUCUGAACGUGCCAAAUCCACAGAGGCGACUGGAGCCAGACUGCGUGAAGGCGCAAACAUCAACAAAUCCCUAACAACGCUUGGUCGUGUAAUUGCGGCACUUGCAGAUCCUAAAAAGGUCCGCGGGCGAAAGGGCAAGGAGCUAGUGCCGUAUCGUGACUCGAUUCUCACAUGGCUUCUGAAGGAUAGUCUAGGAGGUAACUCCAAAACCGCGAUGAUUGCAUGCAUUGCGCCUGCAGACUACGAAGAGACGCUUUCCACCCUUCGAUAUGCAGAUCAGGCCAAGAACAUUCGAACACGCGCACGGGUCAAUCAAGACCAAAUGUCGGCGGCCGAGCGCGAUCAACAGAUUGCGGAGAUGACCGAGACCAUUCGCACCCUGCAACUGAGCGUUAGUCAAGCAGCCCUCAGCCAGAGAGCAAACGAAGCUUCGGAUGAGCGACUCGAACAAUAUCAGCAGAAGGUGGAGAAAAUGCAACGUCUCAUGGAAGAGAAUAAUAUGGUCAGCGAGUGCAAGAUUCGACAAUUACAAACAGAAAAUGAAGCUUUGCGAAUGCAUCUCAAGUUGGCUGUUGAGAGUCUCAAGAAUCCCAUCCCGGCUGUCACUCUUGAGCCCCGGAAGCCGAGUCUGACAUCAAUGCCCGACGAAGACCAACCGUCUAGUCACGACGAAGGCCCCGAGGGCUCCCCCGAUGGUUCCCCCCACGUAUCAGAGGACGAGUCAAAUUUGGAAUUUUGGGAAGACGAUGAAACAGUCACCGACGAGAAUACCGAGCAUGAAGCUCACCGGAUGCAAAAUCAUAUGCAUGACCUUCUUGGUGAUUUGAGCGUCUUCAAACGGAAGCUGGCAACAGAUCACGAGCGAUUCCGACCCAUUGAGGAGCCAGAGACUCGCAAGAUGACGGAAUCCGACCCUGCGCCCGUCGCGCAACCUCCGGCUCAGGCUCAGGCUUCCGAAACGACUCUCCCAAUCCGAGACUCCAAACCCAAGCCCAAGCCCACAGAAAAAGAUGCGCCCGCACCCGAUGCCACAGAAAAAACACUCACGCCCGGUGAAUUGAAGAAGAAGGCCAAGGCUGAGAAGGCUGCUCGACGCGCCCGCGAAAAAUUGGAGAAGGAAGGUGGCGCCCCGGGUGGUGCCGCCCCUGGUCCUGGAGCAUCCCAGGCUCGGCCGCCAAUUACACCGAAGAAGGACACUGCUGCCGCUGCGCAGAAGGGACAGAAGACACCGACUGCGCGUCGUGGCUCAGUGGCCCUCGCGCAAUCUGGGUCUGCACUUGUGGAGCAGAAGAAGAAGAAGGACGAUAAGAAGGUUGCUGUUUUCGGUCAUUUGUACGGCCAACAACGCCGCACCACCAUUGCCGGUGGUGGAAAGGAAGUACACCCCGCUGUACUAGCCCUGGGGUUGCAGCUCAGGGACUACGUGGUCUGCGGAAGCAGUGCGCGCUGUGUGUCGACCAUGAUUGCGUUCAAGCGAGUCAUUGAAUCUUACACUACCCCUAUGGGAACAUCCCUUCCUCGUCACUUGACAAACCACCUCUCGCAUCAAAUCACCUACCUCUCGACCUGCCGCCCACUUUCCAUCAGUCAGGGUAAUGCCAUUCGGGCCCUGAAACUCGCCAUCGCCUCCACCGACCCCUCCACUCCCGAGUCCUCAGCAAAGACCAGUCUCUGCGAGUUCAUCGACAGCUUCAUUCGUGAAAAGAUCACCGUCGCCGACCAAGUCAUCGCUGAAAGCGCCGCACAGAAGAUCCAAGAUGGCGAUGUAAUUGUCACCUUCGCUGGAAGCAGCAUUGUCAAGGAAACCCUCAUCUCAGCACACAACCAAGGAAAGCGUUUCCGAGUCUCCAUCAUCGACUCCCGCCCUCUCUUCGAAGGCAAGAGUCUCGCCCGAGCCCUCGUCAAUGCAGGCCUCGAAAUUCAAUAUUCUCUUGUCCACGCCACUACUCACGCCAUCAAAGAUGCCACCAAGGUCUUCCUGGGCGCCCACGCAAUGACCUCAAACGGAGGUCUGUACUCUCGCGUCGGCACAGCCCUCGUGGCCAUGUCCGCCAAGGAACGCGCCAGCGGUGUGGAAAUCCCCGUCAUCGUCUGUUGCGAGACGGUCAAGUUCACGGACCGCGUCGCGCUGGACAGUAUCGUUGUCAAUGAAAUCGCCGACGCCGAUGAACUGGUCGUUAACCCCAGCCCUGAUCAGAUCACUGGAAUCCCCGAGACCGACGAUGCACCAGCCGUUGAUAAGAAGGGCAAGCCUACCGGCCAUGAGCCCCCUGCUAUGUCCAAUGGAAUUUCAAAAUCCCCACUGACAAACUGGAAGACUACUCCUAACUUGCAGCUGCUGAACAUCAUGUAUGAUGUCACGCCUGCGGAUUAUGUGGACAUGGUCAUCACUGAGAUGGGUAGUCUGCCCCCAAGUGCUGUACCUAUUGUGCACCGUAUGGUUACGAAUCUCUGA